GUGAUGGCGCCCCCCCUCCCCCCCUCUGGCGGCGUGGAGAAACUGGGGACCGGGACACGAGGAGGAACUAGGCCGUAGUAGGCUGGAGGAAAGCUUGUGAAAGCUUAGGAAAGCUUAACUGGCAGGGCUCUUCGAGAUGCGCUCGAAUACACGGUAUUUGAUUGACAUGGGGAUCCCGGAGCCGGCGGGAGUGGGAGGGAAGUAGGGUGGGUUGUAUUCGAAUCUAUGGAUAAUUUGGAAAUGGACAAUCGCGUUGUGAUGGUUCACGGAUGGGGCUGGGGAUCGAUGUGUCCCGGGAGGAACGGACGAUAUGGAGGAUGAGGGCAAAGUAUAUGAAGACGGGGGGAGGACCAUGAUCUCGGGGCGUUUCUUUUUUGACUCGCUCCUUGUGUCGGUUAGUGAAUCUUUCGGCCAUUGAAUUGGUGCACACACACUUACACACAUUGGCUUGACGAGAGCGCUGAGUAUCUUCACGAUGCGUCUGUUCAACGGCCUCGCCUCCCUGUUCGCGGGCGCGGGCCUCGCGCAGGCCACGCUUCAAAUCGUCUCGGGCGGGACAUGGUCAGCGACCAACACAGGCCGCCAUAUCCAAGCCCACGGCGCGGGCGUGACGAAAGUAGGCUCAACGUACUACCUCAUAGGCGAAGACAAGACCGAAGGGUCGGCCUUCCAAAACAUCAACUGCUACUCCUCGACCAACCUCGUCGAGUGGACCUACGUCGGCGCUCUGCUCUCGCGCACCACGGCGGCGGGCGACCUGGGGCCCUCCCGGGUCGUCGAGCGUCCCAAGGUGAUUUACAACAGCGCGACGAAGAAGUACGUCAUGUACAUGCACAUUGACAGCAGCAACUACGGCGAGGCCAAAAUCGGCGUCGCGACGAGCGAUACGGUAUGCGGCAAGUACACGUAUCUUAGUAGUUGGCAGCCUCUGGGAUUCCAGAGUCGUGAUAUUGGGUUGUUCCAGGAUGAUGAUGGGUCUGCGUAUCUGUUGACUGAGGAUCGACCCAAUGGUCUCCGAAUCGAUGCCCUGAGCUCGGAUUAUCUCAACGUCACGCGCAACGUCUACCUCUGGUCCGAGCACAUCGAGGCCCCGGCCAUCUGGAAGAAGAACGGAUACUACUUCAUGUUUGGAAGCAAGCUUACCGGCUGGGACCCGAACGACAACGUCUACUCCUACGCAACCUCCCUCGCAGGCCCUUGGUCCUCCUGGGCCACCUUCGCCACCGUCGGAUCAAAGACGUACACCAGCCAGACGACCUACAUCCUGCCCCUUGGCGACACGGCGAUCUACAUGGGCGACCGCUGGGUCAGCACAAACCUCAUGCGGAGCACCUACGUCUGGCUGCCCCUCGCCAUCUCAGGCACCACAAUCACCCUCGCCGACCACGUCAACUGGACGCCCAACGUCGCCGCCGGCACCUGGGCCGCGGGGCCCAGCGAGACGUCGUACGAGGGCGAGGCCGCGACGCUCGCGGGCGGCGCAAAGAGCGUCGCGUGCACGGGGUGUAGCGGGUCCGCGGCGGCGGGCUACGUUGGCGGCUCGGCCGGCGGUAGCGUGACCUUCUCGGGGGUGAGCGUGCAGGCUUCCGGGAAGACGACGGUGCGGGUGAAGCAUCUUAACGGCGAUACGAGCCAGCGGUGGGGCACGGUGACAUGUAACGGCGUCUCGCAGACUGUUGGAUUCCUGCCGACUUCCGAUGGGAACACGCCGGGGAGCAGCUCCGUGUUCUGUAGCCUCACUGCUGGGUCUGCAAACACCAUCAAGAUUGCCAGCUCGGAUUCGUCUUGGGUUGCUGACAUUGACCGCAUUUUCGUGCCGGUCAAUUAAGGAGAGCAUCACGUAAAGGAGGGGAGUGGUGGAAGACAUCAUGAGAUAGCGAAGUAGGCAAGUGAUGUUAAUGA